AUGACGUCCCACAUGACGACCUUCACCUCGGAUGGCCUCGAGCUCGAGAAGAUGGUGAUAACCAUCUCGCACGUUCAAGACGUAGAGCUCGAGAGCGCAAGCCGACGUCGCGGCUUCUCACCAGAAGCAACCAAAAAGCUGAUCCGGAAAAUGGACUGGAACAUUGUCCCAUUCUUGGCCCUUCUAUACCUGCAAGUUUUCGCGGCCCCCCCUCCCUCACUUUCGUUCUUGGAUCGCUCCAAUAUCGGCAACGCCCGCCUGGCUGGUCUCGAGAAGGACCUGGGUAUGCAUGGACUGGAGUAUAACAUCGCACUGGCGGUCUUCUUUCCGUUCUACGUGCUUGCGGAGGUGCCCUCCAACAUGAUGAUGAAGCGGACGCGGCCAUCUUUAUGGAUAAGCAUUAUCAUGAUCGCCUGGGGAGUCUGUAUGACCCUGAUGGGCCUCGUCAAGAACUACAAAGGUCUUCUCAUCUCGCGCAUGGCCCUAGGCUUUGCCGAGGGAGGCCUUUUCCCCGGCGUAACGUUCUACAUCACGCUGUGGUAUGCGCGCCAUGAGUGUGGGCUUCGCAUGGCACUCUUCUUCUCCGCCGCUACGAUGGCAGGUGCCUUUGGUGGGCUGCUGGCACGCGGUAUCGUGGAGAUGGAUGGCCUCGGCGGAUUGAACGGCUGGGCGUGGAUCUUUAUCCUCGAGGGUCUGGCGACCAUCAUUGCCGCCGCUGUGGCUUACUUCAUGAUCAACGACUAUCCGCAGACCGCAAAGUUCUUGACAUCGGACGAGAAGGCCGAGGUCCAGAGACGGCUGAAGGCUGAUCGCUCGUCCCUGGCCGACGAGUUCGAUCUCCGGUACUUCUUCGAUGCCGUCAAGGACUGGAAGAUAUACGUGUACAUGGUCAUCGCCAUUGGCGUCUACACACCUCUCUACUCCUUCUCGCUCUUCCUCCCGACCAUCGUCAAGAACAUGGGGUACACGGACAGCACCUCGCAGCUAAUGACCGUGCCGCCCUACAUCGUGGCCUGCAUGUUCACGAUUGGGAUCGGGUAUCUCGCGGACCUGCACCGACAGCGGGGGGUAUGCAUGGCGCUCAGCAGCGUUCUCGGCUCCAUCGGCUUCCUUUUCCUCCUCUCCUCACCGCGCCCGCAGAUCCAAUACUGCGGCACCUUCUUCGCCGCCUGCGGCGUCUACCCGUGCAUCCCCAUGAUCACGGCAUGGACGGGUAACAAUAUCGGCGGGUCGACGAAGCGCGGCGUCGCCAUCGCCAUGCAGGUCGGCUUUGGAAACCUCGGCGGCGUGGUCGCGGCGUUCUCGUAUCGAUACACCGACGCGCCUAGGUAUGUCUCUGGGCAUGCGCUGCUCGUUGGGACGUGUCUCCUGAGUGCCGCGGGGUCCGCGUGCUUGAGUGUCUACCUUAGACGAGAGAAUAGGCGGAGGGAUGCGGUCAUGCGGGAAAAUAAUAGGUCCGUGGAAGGCCUCACAGAGCACGAGAUGGAGGAGGAGAGGGGUAGGGGUGAUUAUGCGUCGUUCUUCCGCUAUACCGUCUAAUCGGCCGUCGGGAGAAGGGAGCUGUCGGGCUUCACCCUUCUUCCAGACGUAUCGGGCUUUUGUUUUGUUUCAAGUGGUG